AUGAGUGGGGCGACUGGCCGUGGGUCCUUGCCCAGGCUGCGCAGGGGCGACCUGGCGGCAAAGAUGCUGGGUCGCUGCGUGGGCCCUAGCAGGUUGGGACGGGAAGUUCGUCGGCCUUGGGGGAGGAGAUGGGGUGCAGGGACGUCUCGAGGCUUUGGAGCGAGGCGCCGGGCGAGGUCCUCGGUGUGGGAGACGCGGUGUGUGAGUGUCGAAAGGCGGCAGCGACCAUUGGGGAGGAGACAGUCUUCGGAGGUUGCCGGAGCGAGCGAGGCUUUGGGAACACCUGGGGCUGCAGGCUUUAUUGAGGCUGCAAGGGACCGCAGGGUCGUGUGGGUGAACGGGACUUUGGGCGAGCCCGAGGUGGUGGGACCCACAGGGUCUGUGUGGGUGACUGGAUCUGGGGAGGAGGCAAGUGAUAAGAGUCCCCGAGGUUGUGAGAGAAAAGGUCGUCCAGGAGCUCUGGGACAUGGGAGCAUUCUGGAACUGUGGUUGAAGGUGCAGGCUAUGAGAGCAGCUUCAGGAUGUGGGGAUGGAAGCAGAGUGGAGCUCUGUCCUGUGCCUUCAGGAGAGGGGCCAGUAGAAAGAGGUGUUCCUGGCCGGGCUUCCUGGGUAGAGACAAGCCGAGGUGGUGUCACAGGACCCUGGGUAAAGGGACAGGUGAGGGGAAUUCCCCGGGCCUCAGAACUGCCCAGAACCAUGGGGUUAAGGGCAGUCUGUGGGCAGGGACAGACUGGGAGUGUGCUGCCUCCCCUGAGCUUUUCUGGGGCUGUGGAGAAGAUAGGCUCUGCAUGUGCCCCAGGUCCUUGGCAAAGAGGACAGACUGGGGGUGUGCCUGGGACCAUGAGGUUGCCUGAAGCUGUGGGAGUGCCCAGAGCUGUCAAGGUUGAGGUGGGUUGUGGGGAGCCUCCAGGUCUGUGGGGCAGAGGACAGCUAGUUCCUGGGGCUCUGGCACAAGAUACAGCCUGUGGGGAUACCCCAGGCUUAUGGGGGAGGGUACAGACUGGGGGAGUCCCUAAUGUCAUGGUGGUGCCCAGAGCUGAGGAGGAGGAAACUACCCCUGUGUGUGCCCCAGGCAUGUGGCAGAGGAGACAAGAGGUGGAUGAUAUAAGCUCUGAGGGUAUUCCUGCCUUAUGGGGCACAGGACAGCCUGUAGGAGUACCUUGUGCCACUGAAGAAGAAACUAGAUAUGUGGGUGACCCAGGAUUAAGAGAAAGGGGACAAGCUAUGUGGGUAGAGACAGGUUCUGGCAGUGACCCAGGGAUAUUGGGAGCUGCACAGACUGCAGAGCUGUCUGGUUCCAGGGAGCAGGAGACAGGUUCUCAGGGUGCCAGGGAUCUGUGGGGUAUAGAACAUCCUGUGGGAGUACCCAGGGCUUUGGGGAAGGAGACAGGCUGUGCAAGCAUCCCAGCAUUGUGGGAAAUAGGGCAGCUUUCUAGGGUGUCCCAGGCUGUAGUGGUUCCAGGAACUUUGGAAGAAGAGAGCAGCUAUGGUGGCGUUCCAGGCCUGUGGGAGAGGCAGCAGCCUCUGGGAACGCCUCUGACUGAGGCAGUGCCAGAGCUUAAUGUCAGGGAGACACAUACUGGGAAUGUCCUGAACCUGUGGAAAAGGAGGAGCACAAUGGAAGGGCAACAGGACCUGGUACCAGAAGCUUUAGGGACAGAUCAAGAAACCAGCUCUGGAGCUGUAUCGUGUCUGUGUGGGAGUAGGCAGGCAGUGGGGGUAUCUGAGAUAGUGGAUGUGCCUCAGGCAGCUGGUGUGCCCAAGCACAGGUAUGCCCCAGCAGGGGUACCCAUAGCUCAGGAAGUGCCCGGGCCUGGAAAGGUACCUGCCAGAGUGCCUGCUGCAGUGUGGGCAUCUGGCCCUGUGUGUCAGGAAGAUAGUGCUAGAGAUGUCAUGAACCCAUGGGAAACAGCUUGUACUGCUGGAAUGCCUGUAGCUUCAGGGGGCCCCAUGUCUCCUGAGGAGCUGUGGUCUGUGGGAGAGGAUAAUGGUUCUGGGGCUUUUCCGGGUUCUUGGGGAAGAAGACAGGCUGUUGAGAUUCCCAUGGCUCCUGAGGUACCUGGUUCUCUGGAGGUACAGACUGGUUCUGGGGGUUCUUCAGGCUUCUUGGGAAGGAGACAAACUGUAGGAAUGCCUGUGAUUAUGGGAGUAUCCCCAGCUAGUAGAGGGUCUUUGACUCCCAGGGCAACUAAGCCUAUGCGAGAGGAAGCUGGAAGUGUCUCUGGCUUAUGCAAGGAGAGACAGACAGUGAGAGGACCUGCAGAUACCAAGGGUUCCACAAGGAUGCCCACUUCUGCCAGGAUGCCUGAGCCCAUGGAGGGGAAGACUGGCUCUGGGUGCAUCUCAGGCUUGUCAGGGGUCAGGCAGGCUGCAGGGAUAUAUAGGGCUAUGGGAUUCCCUGAGCCCUUGGGAGAGGAGAGACACUCCGAGGGUCUCUUGGGCUUAUCAGGGAGAGGACAGGCUGCUGGAGUGCCUGUGACUGCUAGAGUGUCCAUGGCCAUGGGAAUUCCCACAACUUCUGGGCCCCCGAUGGAGCCAGAUAGUAGUUCUGGCAAUGACUCCAACAUAUGGGGAAGGAGACGAGUCACUGAGGUGCCCACUGCUGCCAGUAUUCCUGGAUCUGUGGAGGAGGAGAUGGGUUCUGAAGGUGUCUCGGGCCUGUGGCAAAGGAGAACCAGUGGAACAGUCCCUGAGGCUGUGAGGGUGCCUGUGCCUCUGGGAAUGCUUGCAGCUAUAGGAGUUCCCACAGCUGGGCGUGUGCCUGCUGCUGUGUGGGUGACUGGGUCCUCAGGGGAAGAAGCAGGUGUAGAUGUCUCGGGCCUGACAGUAGUGAGGAGGCAGUCCACAGAGGGAGCGGGGCCCUUAGGGGAGGAGUCAGGAGGUACAGGUAUCCUGGGACUGUCAGGGACAUGCCAGGCUGUCGGGGUGUCUCACACUUGUGGGGGUCAUGCCAGGUUAUGGAGCUGUCCAAGGUCUGUGGGUGAAGAAACAGCCUGUGAGAAUGCUCCUGGAGUGUCUAGGACAAGAUUGGCUUUGGUGGUUCCCCCAGUUUCAAGGCAGGAGAUGGGUCUCAGCCAUUUCAGAGAUCCCCCAGAGCAUAGAGGGAGGAGACAGGUUGGAGAAGGGUCUGGAAUCAGGGUGAGGGGGAAUGAUUUGAGAGACAGUUAUGUGGGGGAGGACAGACUGUGGGGGGGAUUCCAGUAGUAUGUAUAAGGGAACAAGUUGGGGCUCUAUGGGAGGGAACAGAUUGUGGGGAGGUUUGUCCUGGGUUAUGGAUGCAGGCACAGGCCAUAGCAGUGCCAGAACAGGGGGAAAGAUAACUUGAUGGAGAUGUCUCAGAAUAUGUAGGGUGACAAAUUGGGAGGUUUCUUGGAACAAUGCGGAAUGGGCUGAUUGCUAGGAGAGGAGUGUCCCAGGACUUUGUAUAGGGGAACAAUUUAGUGGGGGUGUCCCUGAACUUUAUGUGUUUGUAUGUGUGUGUAUGUGUGAUCACUCAAGGUAUCCUGGAAUUCUGGGACCACAUAGUUUUUUCUUGGUGGAGAAUGGACUGUCAGGCCUUUGGCAUAAAGAAGCAUCCAGGGGAAAAGUACUUAUCAUAUAAAAGUUGUGAGUGCUCUGGCCCCAAUUCUGCAGUGCAUUCUGUGGCUUUAGUCCCUGACCCUUGGUGAUGUGAAGACCGUUUCAUUGCUUCAAUCAUGUACCCCUCCCAUCUGCUUCUUGAAUCAUGCCUCUGUAGCCUUAGAAAUAAGGAAUCUUGGAUAGCUGUCUUUAUGUUUCUAGAGGUGUUAUCUGUCUUUGGGCAAAUGUAGUGUGUAAACCUUGAAUUUAUUCAACGGCUUAAGUAGGAAUUUUUUUUUUCUCUAACCCUUAAUUUUCCAAUUGAUUUACCAUAAGAGUCUUUGAGAGAACUAUUUCCUAGUAUAUUUAAAACUAGUCUGUUCUCAAAAAAUCUACUCAAGAAAUGUUGAGUUAAAUUGUCUACUAUGCUCAGAGAACUGUGUUGUGGGAAAUAGAACAGACAGGGUUCCUUAACCUCAAGGAACCUUGUCUAGCUGGCAAGAUGAGACAUUUACCUGUGAAAUAAGUAAAUAACAGUAUGAAACAACACUGUGUGACAGGCACCUGAGUGGCAG